UUGUUCUGGAGUGAAGUUCUGGGAUUUUCGUAUAAAACAAUAUUUACUCCCUUUCAUCUCAAAGGGGAUAAGCUUACAAUUACACUGCUGCUCUGAUUCUCAGAGAUCUUGUUUUUCUUCCGCUUGAUUAUACAUUUAUUCUCGUUCCUUUUGUUCCUGAUUUAAUCAAAAUGCUACAAAAAAUUGUUAGCAGAAAGUCCAAACUGCUAGCAAAUUCCUCUGGAAAUCCCAAAAUGACGAGAAAAGUUCGGGUAAUUUGUUACGAUCCUGAUGCAACGGAUUCGUCUUCAAGCGAAGACGAGGGAGAAAAAUUCGCAGGAGGAAGGAAGAAAAAGCGAAUCGUACACGAAAUCCACCUCCCUUUACUCCGUCAUUCGCCAAAAACGGGUAUUGAAUCUGAGGGUUCUCAGAACAGCAACAACAAGAUCAAGAAAAAUUCGUCCACUCGAAAACCCAUUCGUCCGUCUUCUUCGAAAUACAGAGGAGUGAGGCAGCGGACUUGGGGGAAAUGGGCGGCGGAGAUUCGAGAUCCCUUUAAGAAAGCUCGUGUUUGGCUUGGCACUUACGAUACUGCUGAAGAAGCUUCCCAAGCUUACGAGUUGAAGAGGCUGGAGUUUGAAGCUAUGGCGGCGGCCGCGGCGGAUUCCCAAACGGAGCUGCCGGUCUGUUCGGCGGAGACCACCGUCUCCCACACAUCGCCGUCGUCGGUUCUCGAAUGGGAAGAUUCAACUUCCAACACCAGAGAUUCUUCUUCAACCCAAGAAGAAACAGACACCAAUUUGAACUAUGUCCAGGAGGUCGAAUUGAUGAACACUGUGGACGAAGGAUUGGUCCGAGGGCCAUUUAUGGACAAUAUAAACAUUGGGAAUGAAUUCGAUUCGAUUCUGGAGGAUGGAAUCGGGAUGUUCUUGGAGGAUUUUGCGAAUUUGGAGGAUACCCAGAUUUUUGGUGAAAUCAGCGGCCUUCCGAAUUGGGAUUUUGGGGAUUUUGGGAACGAUGACAUCUCUUUUUGGUUUGAUGAACCCAUCAACAUAACCUGCCCUUAGAUUUUUGCAGCUUAGGAAUUUUGCUUCUUGCAAAUUCAAAUUUACAUUUUGAGAGUGAAAAGAGAGAGAGGCCUUUUGGGUUUUCUUGUUCUGUAAGAGCCGUCCAUGAGGUGUUCUUCUCUUGUUUACAAUUUUCCAUUUUAAGUGAAAUUGAGAUUGGCUUGUUUGUAAGUUAUAGUUUAUGGAAUAUGAUAUGCAUAUUCACAACA